AUGCGGGGCGAAGAGGCAGCUUACCAUCUCCCUAUGCUGAAAAACAUCAUCAACAUCCACCACGGCUUCACCAAGUCCUCCCAGUGCAUUAAUUCAAUCUUAGGCAGCCACGACCAGGCAGGCAACCGUUCAGGCGGGCAAACGGACGGAAAGCAUGGGCAAUAUUUCGUCUCUCUGUUUGGAGGCAGACACAACUGGCAUACUCGGGCGCAGUGCCGCAUGUGGUAUAGCCUGCAGGCGGUGACAGCAGCAAACAAACUGCGGCUGGAAUACCCCGCGCUGACGGACGAAUACUGCGCCCCCGUGUUUGUGCAUGAAGACCCCACCAAUAGAGUCAUAGUAGCAGCAGCAGCAGGAGUUCGGGGGAUGCAGCAGCAGGAACUGGGGAUGCAGCAGCGGGAGAUGGUGCAGCAGCAACAGUGCUUGUGCUUCCAACUGCUGCUGCUGCUGCUCCUGAUGUUGCAGCAGCUGCUGCUGGUACAGCAGUUGCUGCUGCAGCACGAGAGUGCUGCAGCAGCUGCAGGCAUUACAGCAGCAACAGCAAAUGUUGCUGCUGGCCUUGCUGCAUAUCCUCAGCAGCAGGAAAUUCUGGUGCAGCAGCAGCAGCAGCAGCAGUAG